GUAGUCCAGGACGUUCGCGCACGGUCUUCACAAACCCUGAUGUUUACAACACCACCACGUUGUUGCUUAGCAAUGAUGAGGGCACUUUAUUCGUCGGAGCACGUGAUGCAGUUCUCACAAUCGAUGUCAGUCAGACUGAUGGGAUGACCGUGAAGGAAAAGCUGGACUGGUCUCCGUCAGAAAAAGACCUCGUUGACUGUGCCAUGAAAGGCAAAAUGAAGAUGGAUUGUCAUAACUUUGUGAGGGUUUUGCAAGUGCUGAACUCCACCCAUAUAUACGCCU